GUCGCAUGCACAGUUUAAAAAGUUAUCAGCGCAUAAAAACGCGCGAAACCGCAUUCGAUUUGAUCACUAAAAUAAUAUAUUUUAUAAUAAUAAUAAUUAAUUCGCGUAGAGAAUAUAUACGCUUAUAGAGAAAAAUGUGAUAUUUCGUGUUUACAUUAAGAAUAGUUUUAUGGCCUUCUUUUAAUAUGAAAAUCUAUAUACCUACAAAAAUGCAUUCCUCUUGACAAUAAACUUCUUAGUAUUAUAUUCGAAAUAUGACGUGUUUACGUAUAUAAAAUUGAAAGGGAAAAUGAAGCUAAUAGAUCCGAGGCGGUUUGUCAGCAGGGUAUUUCCCAUAGUGCAAUGGUCAAAAAGCUAUGACCUGCAAAUCGGUGUUGGUGACUUAAUUGCUGGUAUCACUGUGGCACUUACUCUGAUUCCACAGUCUAUUGCCUAUGCAUCCUUAGCUGGCUUCGAACCACAGUAUGGCCUGUAUGCGUCGUUGACGGGAGGUUUCGUAUAUGCUCUAAUGGGCACAUGCCCUCAGAUCAACAUCGGGCCGACAGCACUCCUAUCUCUACUGACGUUCACGUACACAAACGGCACCAAUUCAGACUUUGCGGUGUUGGUUUGCUUCAUCGGUGGUAUUGUACAACUAAUUGCUGGCAUCGCUCAACUUGGAUUUUUAGUAGAAUUCGUGUCGUUACCCGUAGUGUCUGGAUUCACAUCAGCAGCGGCUAUCACAAUAGCAUCCUCACAAAUUAAAGGAUUGUUAGGUUUGAGAUUCAGUGCUGAAUCUUUUAUGUCAACCUGGAAAGGGGUAUUCAAGCAUAUACAAGACACAAGAUUACCAGACACACUACUAAGUUUAGCGUGCUGUGUUGUGCUAAUAGGAAUGAAAGUUAUAAAAGAUAUUAAAAUUAAGGGUAUAAAUGACGAGAAGAGUCGGAGGACAGGUCUGAUAAUUCAGAAAUGUUUAUGGUUUGCGGGUGUAGGCAGGAAUGCUGUGGUUGUGGUCUUGGCGGCCGUGUUGGCUUUCUUCGUACACCAGGAUAAAGACGAGCCAUUAAUUUUAACAGGCAAUAUAACACCGGGUUUACCAAUGCCCCAACUACCACCCUUCCACACAACUGUAGGCAACACUACAUAUACGGCCGGGGAAAUGUUUACCCAUUUAGGCUCAGGGUUACUUGUUGUUCCAAUAGUGGGCAUCAUAUCUAACGUCGCUAUAGCUAAGGCUUUUGCAAGGGGCAGCACGUUGGACGCAACUCAAGAAAUCGUUGCACUUGGAGUAUGUAACUUCAUAGGCGCUUUCUUCCGAUCGUUUCCAGUGAACGGGUCGUUCACUCGCAGCGCUGUCAGCGACGCGUCGGGCGUUAGGACUCCUGCGGCGGGCUUAUAUACAAGUAUUAUAGUACUACUUACAUUGGCGCUCCUCACUCCGUACUUUUACUUUAUACCGCGGGCCGCCCUGGCCGCUGUCAUUGUAUGCGCCGUACUGCACAUGGUCGAUAUUGCUAUCAUCAAGAAACUUUGGGCUACUAGUAGACUGGACAUCAUCCCAUUAGUGGGAACAUUUGUCUGCUGCCUAGUACUGGGUAUAGAACUUGGUCUUAUCUGCGGAGUGGGCGUUGACGUGGUAUUAUUGCUCUAUUAUCACUCCCGGCCGCCGCUUCGAAUAGAGUUCGCUGAUGAUGGUAUCCUUCCACCUCAUUACGCCAUACAUCCAGUCGGGGGGCUGCAUUUUGCUGGCGCGGAAAGAGUUCGCUCUCAAUUAAUUUCAUUAAGGAACACUAAAAUCCCGAACACGCGACUGGAAGGUUUAACCGUUGUAACGGACGACAAUAUCGCUACAAUACCCCGCGAUCCUGUGGCCAAUGGCACAAUAGCCGUGGGAAACGGUAACAAUGUAGGAAAUGGUAACAAUGUGGGAAAUACGGAUAAUUUCGUGGCGAAUGGCACGGGAGGGGCGGAAAGAGGAAGAUCGGCGAAUAUACUGGUGAUUUAUUGCGACGCCUUGUACAGGAUGGAUUAUACAUUUUUGCAGAGUAUUAAAAUGCUAGUGACAGAAUGGUCGAAAACAGGACAGGUUAUUUGGUGUAAUACGAGGCCUGGUAUCAAAGAUCAACUCAAUAGUGUUCUACAUGAGCCCAUAUACUGUGAUAACGAUUUAAGAAUGUUCCUAUUACGUAUAUCUGCGGUUGAUGAACAACAAGCGUUCAACGAUACGCCGCUUUAACAAAACUGCGGUGUACUAACCGCAGAACAUAUUAGUAAAUAUUUGGAAAUGCGCUCUUUGUAAAUAAAAUUAUUUAAGUUUAUUUAAUAAGUA